CAUGACAACUUCAUGUCAAUAUUGUCAAUCACAUGUUUUUAUCUUGGUUUUGAGAACAAUUUUGGAAUAAAAUGAAUGAAAAAGCGAUAUCAGAAAAGGAAUUAUUGGCCGCAAUCAAAGAUCUUUUAAAGAAAAAUGGAUAUUUAAAUAAAAUAAAUGCUGAGGUGCGAGCUCAAGUGACAGAACUCCUUCAGCGCCGACAAACGGCAGGAGCCGAGUCAGCACCCCCCACUCCUACAGAGGAGGUGCUUCUGGUCAACGACCUCGUGAGGGAAUACUUGGAGUGGAACGGAUAUCUGUACACCGCGUCUGUGCUGGUCUCUGAAGCUGCUAUGCCGAAGGAUAAGAGGUCUAGGGCAGACCUGUGUACUGAAGUGGGAGUGAGAGAUGAUGAGAAGUCAUCAGCCUUACCUCUAUUGUCCAACAUAGUAGCUGCAUACACUGAAAGGAUUAAGAGGAAGAUUAAUAAGAGCAAGAAAGAUGUGUGUUAAUAUACUUACUUAAUAAAUGUUUUAAGUAAUUA